CUCCUCCCCUGCGCCAACAGUGGUGUCACCGAGGCCGGGCUGCCGCCGGAGAAAGCCGGAGUCCCGCCUGACGUUGAGCCACUUAACCCAAACGGCAACGCAACGGGGCUUUAGGGGGCUGCCUCCCCCCGCCAACGACGUUUAACACCGGUUUGGAUCCAGCGCAUCGCACUCUCCUGAUGUCGGACUUCAAGCUGGGCAUCGUACGGCUCGGCCGUGUGGCCGGGAAGACGAAAUAUACAUUGAUUGAUGAGCAGGACAUCCCUCUUGUGGAAAACUACGCCUUUGAGGCACGCAUGGAAGUCGAUGCCGACGGUAACGGCGCAAAGAUCUUUGCCUACGCUUUUGAUAUUGGCAAAGGUCGUUGGGCGGGAAGGCCGUUACAUGAGCUUCUCUGGGAGAAGCACCGAGGAGGCAUCGCCCCAAGUUUCCAGGUCAUCCACAUCAACUCUGUGACUGUUGACAACAGGCUCGACAACCUGCGGCUGGUCCCCGUCGGCUGGAGUCCCAAACCGGAAGAGAUUUCCAGCAAACAAAGGGAGCAGUCACUCUACUGGCUGGCCAUCCAGCAGGUUCCGGCCGACCCGGUGGAGGAGCAAUACCUGGAGCUGAGCCGCACGCGCUACUACAAUGCUAACGGCGAGCUGGUGGAGGAAGAGGAGUGCUCGUGCACGUACUACGAGUGCCACUACCCGCCUUGUUCGCUCAUCGAGAGGCGGCUUCGGGAGUUCAACAUCUGCGGCCGCUGUCAGGUGGCGCGCUACUGCGGCUCGCAGUGCCAGCAGCGGGACUGGCCCGCCCACAAGAAGCAGUGUCGGGAGCGCAAGCGGGCCCUGGCGCUCGAGUCGGAACCGGAGCGAUGAUUGCAAAAGGGGGAAGAGGGAGCGGCAAAAAGCCUUUUGAUAUGCGGGUUGAGGGCACGGGGACGGCGAGAGACUAAAACCACAGAGACAAUUGCGCUCGCCUCACUUGGUGGAUUGGAAGUUGGUGAUUAACGGACAUCGGCGUACACUUCCACGGCCAUUUAAUUCCCCUUGCUUCUCACAUGGACGACAGGGAAAGUUUUUUUUUUGUUUUUUCUUCCUCUUUCGGGGGUUGGUGAUGCCCUCCGAGCUCGACCUGCUGCUGCUAAUCGUUUCGCACGCGAGAGGUAACGACUCGUCUUGCCGACCAACUGGACCGCGCUCGGAUACGGAUGCCAUCUUCUGUUCGGAUUGGAUCACACUACUAACAGUAUUUUGUGCGGCGUGCGUUGUAUGUUCUGCCAAGGACUCUAUGGCUGUGUGUGUGUUUGCGCAUCUUCCAAAAGGGGCCAUAUUCCAAUUUAAUUUUAUACGGAAUCCAAUUAGACAUUUUCACUAUUUUGUAAGAAAGUAGCUGCCGAAUUGUUUUUUUUUUUUUUUGUUUUUUUUUUUAAAUCUCCUGAUUUUUUUUUUUUUCUUGCAGACAACGGUACAUGAAAUUUACAUUAUUUAAUUCACCUUUGUGUAUCCCUCCACUAUUUAUGAACGGCUCUGGUGAAUAUUUUUUAAGAAUAAAUGGUAAAGAAGGGUGUUCUGAAAAAUUUGACAUCUUUGCACAUAGCGUUAGUGUAAAGGGUAUAAUUGCCUGAGUCUUUUUUUUCAACGUUUUCAGAUUGUAAGGCAAAAAUAUAUUCAACAAGAAGAGUCCAGUUCCUUUGAUUUAAGGCAAGGCAACAUUUUUAGUGAGCACACUUUUUAGUCAUACUGUAACAUUAGAAUUGACUUGAGCAAUUAUACCAUUAGCCUAAUGAGAUGAAUCUUAUCAGUAAAUAUAUAUCAGAAUUCUAACAAUAUAUUCAAACUAUCAACUUUGGAACAGAUAUUCAAUAUGCCUGUGACAUGACGCGUCUUCCAUUUUGCCUUCUGCUUUUUUUCUUGUCAAUUUUUUGGGAGUCAAUCUGCUUUCCAGUUGGUCAAUUUGUAUUUCCACUCUUGUUUGAUUGACUGGGUUUGAGCGUAUUCUGACUCACAAAUGCCUUUUCGAUACUUGUGAAUGUGAUUCAAGUAUUUUUUUACACAUUUCGAUGAAAUUUGAGAUUUAGGUGACAAUUGGCUUGUAGUCCACAAAAUGAAGUCAGACUUUUUUGGAACACCCUCUUUUUUUUUUCUCUGUAACAAGCUUUUUGGAGAUUGAUGCUUUUGUUUGGCGUCGCUAAUUAACUGCAAGAAAUAAUGCUUGGUUUAAAUGACAAUGGACGGAUGCUGUCUCUUAUGAUUUAAGUCCUUCCAUCAUUAUUCUUAUGUGUGUAUGUGUGUCUGGGGGAUAUUUUGGGCGAGACGUUCUAUCAAUGGAGCUCUAUUUAUUUAAAAUAUUUGUGAAAACCUAUUUAGCGGUGGUGAUAUUUGAAGGCAAACUGAAGUGGACGGACAAUAUGAGAUCUUUUUCAGCUUUGGAAUGGUUUUGAGCGGCGUACUACUUGAUUGUUUUUCCGCAGCCCUUCCAGGUUUUCUCAACACUGUUAAUUGAAAUCUUCUACAGCGUCUAAAAACUUGAAUCUCCCGCCCCUUCUGUUUGAUUUUGGAGACUUUUUACAAAGUGAACCACCUCCUUGUUUGUUGUGUGUCAACUUUUUUGCCUUCCUCCACAAUGCACCUGCUUAGUGUGUCCUCGCUGAGGAGUCCAGACACUUGGAGCAUUUGUCCCACGUUGACAUGCGACUCAUUGAUUGUGUAUUUUGUAUGUGUGCGUGAACAGGUUUUCACCACUGCACUAAAACUCUGCUCCCAUGUUAGCGCGUUUGUCCUAGACGGGGUGUGAUUUCGGCUAUGCCCCCCGCACAGUUUUUUGUUUUGUAAGACUAUGAAAAUGAAUCACUUAGAAAAUAAGAGCUACAAUAUGUGACUAGAGUUGGGCGAUAACACAGUUGCUUUUCCUAUGUAAACUGAUGGUCAAAUAAAAAAUUGAACCUCA